CGAAAAGAGAAUGGGGGUAUAGUGCUCCCCCAUAAAGAAAGUGCGAAUGGUAUCCUCCAGGAAGCCACGUUCUAUCACUUCCGGGUGUACAGGCGACACGUGUGUGUGACAUAGAGGCAGGAGGUUAGUGGAAGUUCGGUACAGGGGGAUUAUCCGUUUAGUUAUUGAAUGCGGGCUGUAGGUAGGGCGCUGUACUUAGACUAAAUAUUGAGCGCAAACAGCGUAGAAGGAAGAGCGGAAAGUUACUAAAAGAAGGAACCACAAUAGGAUACACAGGAUGCAUUUUAACUCCCAUCACACGCAGCUCCACACAGCCUUACGCAGAUUUCCGGCAACACACAGAUUGAGCUGUGGAGCACAUGGGGCAUAAUGCAGGUUUUGUAUGUAACACUACACAUAGUGACCACAGAGGAGGGCUAGCAAUGAAGCAAGUCACCCUGGGGCCACUAAGCAACUACAGUCGUGAUCUGCAGCCCCAGAUUAUCAUUAGGCUGCGGAUUAAAAGCACCAGAAGUUGUAUUAGGAUGUCUAUUGGCAGAUUACUACAUGGGCAAAGGGCAAGACCUUAAUGUUUUCUUUGACUUGAUGGUUAAUUUGAAUGUUUCCUGGUGAACUGUGUUAUAUGGGGCCUUCUAGGUGGCAAACUAUAAUGAUUGUGGCAUUAUGGUGAUGAUUUUUUUUUUUUUUUUUUCCUCUAAAAAAAAAUGUCUAUCUCCAAAUAGAAAUGGCAUUCAAGAAGCGCAAGGGAUCCCGGGGAAGAAAACCUCCUAAACACCAAGAUGGCGAUGACAGUGACACAGGGGAGUUUGAUGUCCAAGUUGGGAUGUCAGAACAAGAUGAAGUGGUAAAUGAAUGGUCCACUAAUUAUGGGCAUAAAGAACUGCUCUGAAACUGGCUAUAUUUUAGGUCAUUGCAUCAACUGGGGUUUGCAUUAUCUUAUGUUGGAGACUAAACUGUAUUAAUGCAGUCAGGGUAGAUUUACAGCAAAUCAAUUUAAAGGGACACUAUAGGCACCCAGACCACUUUAGCUCAUUGAAGGGGUCUAGGUGCAAACUCCCAUCACUCUUAACCCUGAGCAUGAUUUUUAUAAACUGCAAUAAUGACCUGCCAGGGAUUAUUAUUAUUGGUAUUUAUAUAGCGCCAGGUUAUUCCUUAGCGCUUUACAAUAACAGGGGAAUGUACCAAAUGAGACAAUAACAAAAUGUAACAGGAACAAUAGGUAGUUGAGGAGGUGGGGUAAAAAAAACACAAUAGGAAGGGUACUAACGGGGACAGCAAAUAGAAAUGGUGGGAAAAUAGCAGAACUGGAGGUGAGAGUGGAGUGUGGCUCUUUAGGAGAGCACGAGAGGAAGGUUUGAGAGAUAGAAGUUACUCUUGGAGGCUAUAAGCAAUCCUGAAAAGAUGGGUUUUGAGGGACUUCUUAAAUGAUUGGGGAGAGUCUGACAGGGGUAGUCAGGCUGUUUCAAAAGAAAGGAGCUGUCCGUGAGAAGUCUUACAGGCGUGAAUGUGCAGUAAGGGUGCGAGCAGCAGACAGGAGAUGGUCACCAGUAGAGCGGAGAGACCGAGAGGGGGCAUACCUAUGAAUCAGUAAAGAAUUGUAAGAGGGGCUAGAGUUGGUAAGGGCUUUAUAGGUAAGGGUUAGUAUUUUAAAUUGACAAGUGUAGGGUACAGGAGGUCAGUGUAAGGAUCGAAAGAGGGGUGAGGUGUGAGAGGAGCGACUGGAGAGAGAGAUCAGCUUGGCAGCAGCAUUCAUCACAGAUUGUAGGGGGGCGGUAUGGCUUCUGGGAAGACCAAUUAGGAGACAAUUACAGUAAUCCAUGUGAGAGAUUACUAGAACAUGAACCAUCUCCUUGGCAGCAUCUUGCAUAAGGUAGGGGCGUAUGUGGGCAAUGUUUUAAGCUGGAAUUGACCGGUUUUAGCAACAGACUGGACAUGAGGCCCAAAGGUGAGGCCAGGAUUAAAAAUGAUACCAAGACAGCGAGCUUGAAAGGAUGGGGUGAGGCAGGUACCGUCAACCUGCAGGUGUUUUGAAGAGGAAAAAUAAGAAACUCAGUUUUAGAGAGAUUGACUUUCAGAAGUGGGAGAACAUCCAAUCAGAGAUAGAAGAGAGGCAAUUGGUGACACGUUGUAGGACAGCAGGGGAGGAAAGGUGUGUGUAUAUAAGGGUGUCGUCGGCGUACAGGUGGUAGUGGAAUCCAUAUGAAUUAAUAAGUUUGCAGAGAGAGAACAAAAGGGGACCAAGAACUGAACCGUGAGGGACUCCGACUGAGACAGUAUGAGGAGAGGAGGUGUCGUUGGAAAAAGAGACACUGAAGGAGCGUUGGGAGAGAUAGUAGGAAAACCAUGAGAGGGCUUUGUCACAGAGACAAAGAGAUUGUAGAGUUAGGAGAAGGAGGCCAUGGUCAACAGUGUCAAAGGCAGCAGAGAGGUCAAGAAGAAUUAGUAUGUAGUAGUGGCCUUUGGAUUUAGCUGCGAUUAGGUCAUUUGUAACUUUAAUAAGAGCAUUCUCAGUAGAGUGGAGGGUGCGAAAGCCAGAUUGAAGAGGAGGGAGUUGGAAUUUAGAAAGGGGGUCAUACGAGUAAAGACAAGUAUUUCUAGAAGUUUUGAGUAAAAAGGAAGCCGGGAUAUGGGACGAUAGUUGGAAGGGGAAGAUGGGUUUAGAGAUGGCUUUUUUAGGAUGGAUACGACAGUAGCAUGCUUAAGGGGAGCAGGGACAACACCAGAUGAAAGAGAGCAGUUUACGAUGUGUAUUAAGUACAAUACAAGGGGAGAGAGAUCCGAUAAGGUGGGAAGGUACUGGAUCAAGUGGACAGGUGGUUUGAUGAGUGGAGAAGCGAAGCCACAUCCUGUUCUGUAGCUGAGGAGAAGGCCUGUAGGGUAGGGAAGGUACGGUCGAUGUGUGGUUGCAAAAUGGGGGAGAAUUCUUUCCUUAACUGUUCAAUCUUGUCGGUGAAGUAGCAUGCAAGGCUAUUUGAUGAAAGGUCAGUUUAAAGGGUGGCUUGAGGUGGGCGAAGGAGAAAGUUGAAAGUAUUAAAGAGACGGCUGAGAUUGGGUGAGCAUGAAUUAACGAGAUGAAAAGUAGGAUUGUUUAGCAAGGGUGAGGGCUGUGUUAUAUGAAGACAAAGUGAUCACUAUGGUUAUGCAAGCAUUGCCUGUGACUUAAAGGAACACUCCACAGCCAAAUAAAAUAUAUAAAUAAAAUCACUAUUUAGUAAAUAUACCCCCAAUGAAUACAUGCAUGAAUUUGGCCCAUCUAGUCUGCCCAAUUUUCCAAAUACUUUCAUAAGUAUCUUAUAUCCAGGAUAGUGUUGUGCCUAUCCCAUGCAUGCUUAAACCCCCUUACUGUGUUAACCUCUACCACUUCAGCUUGAAGUCUGUUCCAUGCAUCCACUACCCUCUCAGUAUAAUAACACUUCCUGAUAUUAUUUGUAAACCUUUUCAGCUCUAUUUUAAGACUAUGCCCUCUUGUUGUGGUAGUUUUUCUUCUUUUACAUAUACUCUCUUCCUUUACUGUGUUGAUUCCCUUUAUGUAUUUAAAUGUUUCUAUCAUAUCCCCCUGUCUCGUCUUUCCUUCAAGCUAUACAUGUUAAGAUCCUUUAACCUUUCCUGGUAAGUUUUAUCCUGCAAUCCAUGAACCAGUUUAGUAGCCCUUCUCUGAACCCUCUCUAAGGUAUCAAUAUCCUUCUGGAGAUACGGUCUCCAGUACUGCGUACAAUACUCCAAGUGAGGUCUCACCAGUGUUCUGUACAAUGGCAUGAGCACUUCUCUCUUUCUACUGCUAAUACCUCUCCCUAUACAACCAAGCAUUCCGCUAGCAUUUCCUGCUGCUCUAUUACAUUGUCUGCCUACCUUAGUUUGUCAUCUGAAAUAAUUACCCCUAAAUCCCUUUCCUUAGAUGUUGAGGUUAGGGCUCUUAUCAAAUAUUCUAUAAUCUGCCCUUGGGUUUUUACGUCCAAGAUGCAUUAUCUUGCACUUAUCCACAUUAAAUGUCAGUUGCCACAGCACUGACCAUUUUUUGUUUACUUACAUCAUUUGCAAUUUGGCUUAUCCCUCCUGGAACAUCAACCCUACUAAUUUUUGUGUCAUCAACAAAAAGACAAACCUUACCAUCCAUGUUAUGACAUAUGUGCUCAUCACAUUCCCCUCUUUGUUUAAGGGGCUGCAGAUUAAGCAGCCUACCCCUCAUUUAUCUCAUGUGGAGACAGGUCUUCCAAAAACUUGGCACGGUCUUUAGAGAACCUCAAUCCACAGAUGGCUUAUUUGAACAGACCCUAAUCACACUGCAACCUCACCCCUUCAGCUAAUAAGCUUAUUCAUAGAAUGUUUACGGCCACGUGGCUUAGAUUUGCCCAAUGUUGCAAAGGCUCAUUAUCACCAGAAUAUAUGCUUUGUUUGAAAUUAUUUAGCAUUAACUAAAAAUAAACCCCCAAAACAUAAAUCUACUUUAUCCAUAGCACUCUCCCUUUAGUAUAAUUCAAAUAUGUUUGUGAUACCUAAUCAUCUUGGCUACCACAUGGUUUUACUCAAAGGGGGCAUUGUGGAAUGAGCUUGUUUAUCCAUGCUGUUCCUUACUAAUCAUGAGUUCAGAUUUUUUAAAUCUUGUUUUCACGCAGCGCCUUCCAGCCUUCCCCACAGCUGAUGCUGAUUCUGAUAUAGAACUUGACACAGCAAGACAAAUGGUUCGAGCACAGAAUAAGAAGAAAAAGAAAUCUGGAGGGUUUCAGUCCAUGGGUACGUGAUAUAAAAUAUUUUUAAAGUCUACUCUGGUCUCACUAACACAGCAAAAUUAUGUUCUGUCACUCAUUUUCUUGACAGGUAUGUCUCUAACACGUAAUUACAGGACUUUAUAGUGUAUCAUGUGAAGUAAGAAAUUUGUAAUCCAAAUCUGAUCACCACUAUGCCCAUCAUAUUAAAAGACUGCCAUGUUUAAUUCCUGGAGAUGAUCUUCUUUGUUAUCUAUAUGAAGUCUUAUCUAGACAACAGUAGUAGCAGGUUACUCCAUGAUACAUAUUAUAUGUGGCUGGUAGAGGACAAGAGACUGUUGACUAUGGGUUACUUUUUGCUCUGCAGGUCUUAGUUAUCCUGUUUUUAAGGGAGUGAUGAAGAAAGGGUACAAAGUUCCAACACCGAUUCAAAGAAAGGUAAGAUCUGAGACAUCUAUUCUAGCACAUGAGUGUAGCCAGCAUGGCGAUGAGAGACAAAUCCCAACUCCAUCCCGAUGGAUGUAGCUUUUAAAGCAAAACAUAUUUGAAUUAGUAGCGUUAGCUUUUGCACAAUUUAAAAAAAUAUAUAUUUUAUUUAAAGACACCAACAUUUCAAGAAGAUACAUAAAUACACAUGAAACUAUUAAAUAUCAGUACUUUUUAUUCAUUUAUUUAAAACAUUUUAUUGAUCACUUGUUUUCUUGUUAUAGCGGCAGUACUGACCAGCCUUAAAAAAAGGACAGGUACCAAUUCCUACCGGCUGAUACUAUAAAUUCCUCCCCUGUCUGUCCUGUGAUCAGGGUAGAUUGGUACUUACUAGAAUAGAAAUUGUUGGUGGAAUGGUGCAGUUUACUGUCCAGGGCAUAAUUAAUCUAGCAAUGUGCUAACUAUUUGUUCUUUCCUAAAAGUUGAUUAGUUAUUUUUGUUUCAUAUCUUGUCUUUAUAUAUGUUUAAAGACAAGGUCAGAUAACCUAGAGAAUGGGAAGUAGAUUUCAUAUAACAUAUUUUCAAAACUGCUAAAUACUUCACUGUAACAUUAAACAAGCCCCACCUCAUACCUGCAACACAUUAUAUUUUAACUUGUUUUAGUGUUUUCUGUAGUGUGUGUAUGUGUAUUUCUUUCCGUAUAACAAACACUUACCGUCAUAAUUCAGGUGAUACCCGUAAUUUUGGAUGGCAAAGACGUGGUAGCGAUGGCUAGGACUGGCAGUGGUAAGACAGCUUGUUUCCUCAUCCCUAUGUUCGAGAAGCUAAAGGCUCACAGUGCCCAGACCGGAGUCCGUGCUCUGGUAUUGUCACCCACUCGAGAACUUGCCCUACAGACCCUCAAAUUCUGUAAAGAGGUAAUGGGAACAUUAGUCAGAAAUGUAUCUUGCUAUUCCUUUCUCACCAUUACUGCACUGCUCUCUGUGUUCUGCUACUCUCCUUACCAUUAUUGCACUGUUAAUUUCAAUACACAUACUCCUUAUUGCACCUUUCUCUAGUCUUAAAAUGCUGCUCCCUCACAACUACCUCUUUUGGUUGCUAUUGAUUCUAUUUAUUGUUCCCGUCACCUGGCUCCACCUUGGACAUUUUAUUUCUAUUGCACUGAUAAAAUGCAGUUGCUCAAUUAGGAUAUAUUGCUGUAAAAAAACCUUUAUACUCCUUUACAUCCUAGAUCCUUUUUUUCUGAUGCUCCCUAAGCACAACUUCCUUCUCCCUCACAUACUGUGUUAACACAACUAAUUUGAUGCUUCCCAUCUCAGCAGGUAGAUUCCUUUUAAAGUAUUUUUCAUUCUUCUCUUGCAGCUUGGAAAAUUUACUGGUCUGAAAACAGCCCUUAUCUUAGGAGGAGACAAGUAAGCCGAGUGACUGCUUAUUAUGGAAAUUCUAUAUGUUUUUCAGUAACCCUUUUUGAACCAGUGCCAUUUUUGUGCAACUACUAUUGGUAAUUACUUAUUGGUAAUUCAUGUUCAUGCUCUUUCAUUAAAUAAAAACUAACUAACAAAAGGGGCCUUGUUUGUUCCAAAUUUGUGGGCUUUGAUACAUCUAAACUAGGAAAUACAUCUCUCUUAACCAAUCCUUCUCCCCCAUAGUGAUGUACAAAUUUAGGUUUGGUGCUAGGAAUGUGGUCGGUACUGUAACACUAGAGUUUCAAAAGCAAAAUCUUCACCUCUUAAUGCAUUAAAAAUAUAUGUAUAUUUUUUAAAAGUAAUGAUAUUAUUUUUGGGUGAUGUCUUUUUCUGAUGCAUUCAUAUAAAGAAUUGUUUAAAUCCAUAAAGUGAUACUAUAGUCGUCAGAACAACUACAGCUUAAUGUAGUUGUUCUGGUAAGUGUAGUUGGUCCCUGCAGGCUUUUUGCUUUUAACACUGCCUUUUCAAAGAAAGGCAGUGUUUAUAGUGCUCAAAAGCAAAGAACAAGGCUGCGCCAGAGUGAUUAAAACAAGUCCAGAUAAAAUAAUAGAAUGUUCAAAUAAAAAAAUGUUCAAAUAAAAAAAGUCCCAAUAGUGGAUGGUGUCUUAACUGAUAUGAUGUCUUCCUUUUUAUGGUAGUGGUCGUCCGUCUCACGAUAUGAAAGACACAAUGGGAGAGAGCCAAUUGUGCAGAGUGUAUAAAUAAAUAGUUAAAAUUAAAAUAUAAAUUACACACUCACAUUUCCAUGAGCUAGGACUAGCUCUAGUAUGAUGGGCAUACGGCGGAUAACCCUCCGCUUAUAGGGGUGCUUGUCCUCCUGGAGAGUCCUGGUGUCCAAUUCUCAAGGAAAGAAAAUAAAAACAGCCAAUAGUGCUCUCUGGUGAGGUAGUUGGUAGAAAGAUAAAAAAUAAAUAAAAUAUACUCACAAGUGGAGUGCAGGUCAAUCUGCACUCUAUUUUUCGCGUGGGUGGUAUAAUCCCCACCUUAGGAUAUGCCAGGAACAAUAAAUGAGGUUAAAAGUAAUAAUAAAUAUAAAAUUAUUUAUUAGUACAAUAUAUUUAAAACCAAUAACGCGUUUCGCCGUAGAGGCUUUAUCAAAUUGGAAUAGUAUUCUAUUAUAUUUAUUAUUAGCGCUAACCUUUUUAUCUUUUUUCAGUGUUUAUAGUGCUGUCUACGGACAACUCCAGUGACAGUCACUCAGAUGACCACUAAAGGUGCUUCCUGGGUUGCACUGACAUUCAGCAUCUCCAAACUCUGCAUUGAUACACUGAACUUUCCAUAUAGAUAUGUAUUGAUUUAAUUUCUUUAAUGAGGUGCUGAUUGGCCAGUGCAGCAUUUGACUCCGCCGCACCUCCUUGGCUGAGAUCAUCAAAAUAGACAACCUCAGCCAAUUCAAUGCUUUCGUAUGGAUAAGCAUUCGAUUGGCUGAGAUCAUCAAUUUUGAAGAUGUCAGCCAAGGAGGCAGGGCCAGCGCCGGCACAAUUCCGCGGUGCUGGAAGUAAGGUGACCCUUAACACUAUUAAAGAGGGUCUAAGUAGUGUUUCUAACACUAUAGGGUCAGUAAUACAUGUUUGUGUAGAAUUCCAAUUUUAGGCAGCUUAGGAGAUGCAAAAUAAUAACAAUACCAUAAAGGUAUUUGAAUGAAGAUGAAUUAGGACAGAACAAACUAUCUCCAAGAGCCAUAGUGGGAUUUGUGGCUAUGGCAUUCAAAUACGAAUUGUUAGUGUGUUGCUCUAAUAUGCAUGUCUUUCUUUCUCCUGAUAGAAUGGAAGAUCAAUUUGCUGCUCUACAUGAGAAUCCUGAUAUGUGAGUAUGAGUUGCUUUUAUUUUUAUUUAUUUUUGUCACCUAAUCUAGAGAUGGUGUGCGUGUAUUUCUAUACUUCAGUAAUUGGGUUGACGCAUUUAAUUUGUGUGCGGAUGCUAUAAAAUGUGAAAUCAGACAUCAUAUUUGAUUUUGUUUUAAUGCUGCUUCUUUGAGUCUCCCAAAAUUCAUCACGAUUUCUUCCUUGUUGUGUCUACAGUAUUAUUGCCACACCAGGUCGUCUUAUGCAUGUCGCUGUGGAAAUGAACUUGAAACUACGCAGUGUAGAAUAUGUGGUGUUUGAUGAAGCUGACAGGUCAGUGACAUUCAGUGCUUGUCCUGCCAUAACACAAACAAUGGAAGCCACCAUCUCAUUCUUACUCUCUUCCUGUUUCAGACUUUUUGAGAUGGGCUUUGCAGAGCAGCUGCAGGAAAUUAUAUCUCGACUACCAGAAAUGCGUCAAAGUUUGCUUUUCUCUGCCACCCUUCCUAAGAUGCUGCUUGAGUUUGCGCGGGCUGGUGAGUACUUCCUGUAUAUGGAAAUAUUUGUGUGAUAUUUGUUUUGCUUUACACUGCUACAUACCACUGGGUUUAGGGAUGAAUUUUUGCUCUAUGGUGCAAUACAGUGUCUCUAAAUAAUGUACUUUGUCUAGGUCUUAUUGCUACAACUGAUUAUUCUUGUGUUGACUCCUGUAGGUCUUACUGAGCCCGUGCUAAUCCGUCUAGAUGUUGACUCAAAAUUAAGUGACCAGCUGAAGGUAAGGUAUUAUAAUAAUGAGAAACAACAAAAUCCGUGUAUACCCUAGCAGACCUAAAACUAAUAUUUUAUUUAUUUUCUCAAACCCUUUAAAGUUAUCAUUUCUUCAUGUGCGUGCAGAGGAUAAACCUGCAGUACUUUUACAUCUUCUGCGCUGCGUGGUGAAGCCUCAGGAACAAACUGUGAUCUUUGUUGCUACCAAACACCAUGCUGAAUAUCUUAGACUGGUAAGCGGGCAGAUUGGUGUUACUGGUGUAAAUAAAGGCAUAUUUAAAUGUACACUACUAAUUGAUCAUGUGAAAAGUGAUAUUGCCAGUUCUGUCUUGUUCCAUCUUUUUAUUUCACACCAUGUUAAUUAGUGCAAGGCUGGUAUAGUGUCACUUUGAUUAAGUAAGGAAAAAGUGUUGUAUAAAACAGUGUACCAGAACUGUAUGUAAUGAGCUGGUGUCUCUGAGAAAGAUGUGGAAAUCCUUGCAACAUUUUAACAUAUGUAUAUGAAACCAUAACAAAGUGUCUUUAGUGAAUCUCACUUUGUUCUUUGUGUUUGUUGUGUUGCACAGUGAGUCAAAUGACAGACUUCUCUACAGUGAUCCUUGCAGUUAGUCACUGUCCUGGCAGGAAGCAUUCAUAGAUUGGUCAGAAUGAUUCUCAGUUUGGUAGAAAUAUGUGUCUUCGACUCUUUGAGAAUAUAUUUUUAUUUAUUUAUUUAUUAAUUCCUUGGCGCUAAAGCAAUAAAAAAAGGAAGGAAGGUUCCUUGCAAAGAUAUGUAGUUUCUUGUAAGCCUUGAUUAGCCUGUAAUUAUUCUUAAUAUUUCAAGCAGUCUCCUGUUUUGCUAAACCUAUAUCUCCACCUUUCUGUGUUUCACCUUCCCAGAUGCUGGACAUGCAAGGAAUUCCUUGCUCGCACAUCUACAGUUCUCUGGAUCAGACUGCUAGGAAGAUCAACCUGGGCUUGUUCCUGCAUGGGAAAGUCCGAGCACUGUUAGUUACCGAUGUGGCCGCCCGUGGUAUUGACAUCCCUAUGUUAGACAAUGUCAUCAACUACAACUUCCCCCCGAAACCAAAACUUUUUCUGCACCGUGUCGGUAAGGAAUCAACAAUUUUUUAAAGUGGGGAGGAGGGGGUACUUUUAUAAACAAUUCACAUUUGUUUUGUUCUUGUUUACACUUUGCUAUUUCUCAUACAAAAAAGGACGUGUGGCUAGAGCCGGACGAAGUGGUACCGCGUACUCUCUUGUUGCUAUCGAUGAAACUCCAUAUGUUUAUGACCUUCAUCUUUUCCUGGGGCGACCCCUGAAACUAGCAGGAGAUCUGGGAACAGACACAGGUAAAAAUUACAUUUUUUCUUUUUUUCUUUUUAAAAAAAAUAAAAAAAUAUUACUAAUACAUCUACCAAUCUUUAUGCUGAAGAUUUAAAUUUUGCCUUCCACCUCUAGAUGCAGACACUGAUGGAAUGUUAGGGCGAGUACCUCAAUGUGUGAUUGAUGAUGAAGACGCUUUGCUUGUUACUGACCGGGAGCGAUCUCUAGAUCUUCAGAACCUCAAUCAUGUAGUUGAGAAUGCAUACAAACAUUACUGCAAAUCUAGACCAGCCCCAGCUUCUGAAUCUAUUAAACGGGUGAAGGAUGCUAAUUAUGCCCAGCUGGGUAUCCAUCCCAUCUUCUGUAAGUGUCAUCUUGUGCCUUUUGCAGUUACCCACUUCUCUCUCUCUAUUUCCUGAUUGAAUGGACAGUCACAUACUCUGUGUAUUUAAUUUUUAUUUUUUUUGUUCUUGGCCAUUACUGCUUUGCAGGCAGUAAUUCUAAUAUCUGGAUUGCAUUUAAUCUUUGUUUUAGUAAUUGUUUUGCUACUCUUCCUUUCUCAGGGUCUCUUCUUGGUUUAGAAGAGCUGCAGAGACUAAAGUUUGUGGACAGCAUAAAAUCCUAUAAAUCUAAAGCGGUGAGUGAUGUUGCAUUUCAUUGUGCAUUCUGGUCUAUCUGGGCAUAAAAUAACAAACCUCUUCCUUUCUCUCUAUAGACCAUCUUUGAAAUUAAUGCCACCAAUAAGACCACAGCCAGCGAGGUGAUGAGAGCCAAACGCAGUCAGGACAAGGGUGUCAUUGCCAAGUUUCAGCGUCUACAAGAUGAAAAAUCAAGUGAAAAAGUACAGGCGUCAACCAGCAGGAGACAAAGUGUCCCAUCCAUGAAGGAGAGUGAUGAAGAAAAUUUUGAGGUAUGAAAAUUUCAAAACUGUGUCUGUUAAUUUUCUUUGUCUUUUCUUCUUUGUGACCCUAUGAUACUUCUUUUGGUUUCUGUAUUUAGGGUGUCUUCUCACAAGUGGUUGGAAAAAGGAAGAGGAAGGACACCGAUGAUCCUGAAGGUCGCAAGAAAGGAAAAGGUUCAAGUUCCCAAGAGUCUGACUACUACAUUCCUUACAAACCAAAGGACUUUGAUAGUGAACGCGGGUAAGAAUGUGCAUGAGUUUUCUAGCAUAGCUAACGUGUAAACAAGGCUACAGUUGUAUCUGAGUCCAUUAGAACGCUGCAAAACGUGUGUAAAAUAGACAUAGUGUGAUGGUUUAGCUGGAGACUUGGAAAUCUGUGCCUUCAGCAACAUGUAUAUAUUUUCUUUCCUUCACCUCCAAUGUGCUGCAGUAUAACACAGACACAUUUAAAGUGAUCUAGAACAUGCUAUUGGAAGCAAAGGAUGUUAACAUGUUCAAAUGUAGACAUCAUAUUGUUGGCUUAUAUAUCAAUCAAUAUAACCAUCGAUUUUGCAAAUACUGUAAUCAAAAUAGGGUCCAAAUUCUGCUACUCUGCAGUUCAGUAAAUCUUUAAAAGCUCUCUAUCACUUGGCAUCCUCUUUUACCCUGACUUCUCAUGAAGUCUCCACAUUCUGUCAAUCUUCAAAUUCACCAGUUUCAUCUUAAAACUGAAUACUGAUACCUGCCCCUUGAUACCUAGUGUAGUCCUAAUGCUUGUCCACACUCUUACCUCUCUUCCUAACUACUGCAAAAUGAUCCUCAUUGAUCUUACUCAUGUCCAUAUUGACCACUUGUAUAUAAUUCAUAUUGAAUACUACAGCCAGUUUCACUGGCUUCCCAGUUGCUUUAAGGUUCAAAUUAAAAUUCAAAUGUCUACAACAGAGUGCCCUAGUCUGCAUAUUCUUACUGAUAAAAUGACCCUAUCCUACCCUUCAUCUUUAGUGAAUAAUUGCAUCAAUUGUGUGAUUGCAUUCACACCUUCAAGUGUGGCUAUGGUUGCACUGUUCUAAUAGAAUUUCUUUCCCAACCCAAUUAGACAUUUGCCCAGUCUUCAGGCCUUUAAAGCAGCUCUGAGUGCCUCUUUCCACACUGAAGCAUUGACUUAGUCCAACUGGUGGCUAUUUUAGCAGUUGUUCUGUCUGGAUACUCCAGACUGUUUUGACAGACCGCAGAUGUUCAGAAGCGGGGAAAUGUCCAUCAGGUACUGAGCAAAGAGGACUGUUACUAUAUCACAUGUUCUAGCUGAAAAAUGUGAGAAUCAAGUGUUCAGUUGUUUGAGUAACCUGGAGAUUUUCAUCUCCUUCUUAAAGGAUCCUUAAUAUCUUGUUUUGUACAAGGAUGAAAGAUUAUUGGUAGACAUUAGAGAAGUUUGUGAAUAUUUUAUGGCAUGUCUGUUAAUAAAGUAAGUAUUUCCCUCUGUCUCCCCAGGCUCAGCAUCACAAACAACAGCUUUGAGAAAGCAGCAGCAGGGGCGGUGCUUGAUUUAAUGGGAGACCAGACAGAGGAUCUAAAUAAGAACAAGCAGAUAUUGAAAUGGUAAGUUAUUGUGAAAGCAAAAUGACCUUUUCAUAAAUCUGUUUUAAAGAAGUGGUAGUAACUAUUCUAGAAAACACAUCCAUCUGGGAGUUAAAGCACCUCUUUACUCUGGAGUCAAUACAAAUUAAUUUAUUUUGUUUUCGGUUGUUUUCGGUCACCUGUUCUAGUGGAAAGGGGGGAGUAGGGAGAACAAAUGGUUGGUUAAAUUUAUCACUUUCAAUGGCUGUAUGAAACUUAGCAAUUCUACAAUAUUCCUGUUCUGAAAGAUAGAGCAUAUACUACAAUAUUUCCUCAUUUGGUCCUAGCUAGUGAUGUCCCGAACGGUUCGCCGCGGACUCAUCGAGUAAACUUUGACCCCGUACCUCACAGUCAGCAGACACAUUCCAGCCAAUCAGCAGCAGACCCUCCCUUCCAGAACCUCCCACCUCCUGGACAGCAUCCAUUUUGAAGCUGCAUUCUUAGUGAGCUGUCCAGGGGGUGGGAGGGAGGGUCUGCUGCUGAUGGUACAGGGUCAAAGUUUACUCGAUGAGUCCACGGCGAACCGUUUGGGACAUCACUAGUCCUAGCUAAAAAUCUGUUAUUUUAUUAUUUCUUUUUUUGUUGUUGUUAACAAUACAAGAAAUAGUUUAGACUUUCCUGGUUCUGUAGUUCUAGGCUUCAUUUUUUAAUGAUGAUGCCUUCUCCUCCGCUAUGCCUGAAUGUUAACACGAUCAUCAAUUACCAACUUCAGAGUUCACCGAGAUUAAACGAGAAAUUAUUAAAAAUGAAGUUAGACAAUUACAGAUAAUAUGCAAGUCUGAAAAAAAAACUUAUAUUUACCAAAAAUGCCAUCACAUGAUAUAUUUUUCUCUUGGUGGUACAGAAAUGCUUUAGUAAAUGCUAUAUAAAUUAGGUUUUGAAUAAGAAAACCUGUCAGAUUAUCACUUUGUGACAUGGAUAGCAAAAUUAUUGGUAGGGGUAUCUUUUUAUUUAUUUAUUUUUGUUUAUUUUAUUUUUUUAUUUAAACUAUAAUUUUGAUGAACUAAUAUGUCAGUUUUAAAGAAUAAUUAUGAUGCAAACAUUUUUACUUUUAGGGAUCGUAAGAAGAAGAAGUUUGUUGGAACAGGUGGACAGAGUGAUAAGAAGAAAAUCAAGACUGAGAGUGGUCGGCUCAUCAGCAGCUCAUAUAAGAAAAAUAUGUAUCCUUUAAGUCACUCACAUUUUGAAAACUUAUAGUAUUACAUGGUGAUCUGUAUACUCGAGUACUUUUCAUUGUAUUGCUAGAAGUGGCCUUGAAUAGAUAGCAUAUGUUUGAGAGCCAGACCUGUAAGCCGUGUGACAUGUUACUACCCUGGUACACAGCAAAAGUGUAUUCAUUCCACCUGGUAAGAGAUCAAUCUAGAUUAUCUCUCCCUGAAUAACUUGUAUUCCCAUAAACAUGUCACAGUUGUAGUUCUGUAUGCAGGUUUUGGUCCUAGGUUUAGAGUCUGGAGCACUAAUUAUUCUUUAAAUUUAAACUAGCUUUCUUUUAAAGUGAGUUUGUCAAGUUAAAGAUCCCCUUACCAUGUAACAUUUCACAUCUCCCAAUGCAGUACAUAUAUAAUUUAUCAUAGUGAUAAAUGAAAUAACCGCUCCUGAAGCAUAUAAAUAUACCGUGUACAUAAUGUACAUAUUUGCUGCCUAUUUCUUAAUCUCUGCCAUUUUCAAAGGUCAGUGAUUAUUGAACACUCACCCUCCACUGCCACCACCUCUUUGUUUCAACUGGCAUUGUUGACGUGAUGGCUUUAUUGGCAGCACAUCAGCAUCCGUGCUUCCUAUACUCCCUCUGGAACUGUGAUAAGCACAGAGAGCAGGAGAACCACCUGUUUAGCCCACUCAUCCUGUCACCCAGUCCUCGCCUUGGACCAGCAUGACCCCUUCAUACAAAUUUAAAGGGACACUAUAGUCCCCUGAACAACUACAGCUUAAUGUAGUUGUUCAGGUGAGAUCUAUAGCUCCCUGCAAGCAAUCUAAUGUAAACACUGUAUUUUCAAAGAAAAUACAGUGUUUACAUUGAUUGAUAGGAAUACCUCCAGUGACCGUCACUCAGACGGCCACCAGAGGGACUUCCUAUCAUGUAGGGCCCUAAAAAGGCCUUGUACACGUCAGACGUAUUAAAAUACGUCUGACGUGUGCAGGAGAGAGAAGACACUGUGUGCGCGCCUUCUCUCUCCUGCCUGUUAGCAGAGAAGAGGUGGUGGGCAAAGACCGCGAGCUGAGCGGUCAGUCAGCUCAGCUCGCCACCGCGCACAUGCGCGGUAGUGCACUCAGGACUUCAGAGGCAGCAUGAAUGGAAGCGUCUGAUUGCUCCCUGCUCGCGCACGCCUAUUUCGUCAUUUUGACGAAAUAGGGGGCGCGGCUUCAUGAGGCUCCCGGCGCUGCAACUAGGUGAGUAAAAUCUUCUGCUUGUAGAGUCCCUUUAAUGCUGAGAAUUGAUUGACAGGUGUGGGAGAGGCCAAACCUUUAUAAAGCAUUAAAUACAAAUCUGUAUACUUGCUAGCCUUUUAGCACAAUAUGUUGAUGAAAUGUGGCGGUCUUGAAAGUUAGUCGAAGAGGUGUGUACUGUGAUGUACUCUUUAAGUAUUAAUAAUCUAAAGUUUAAAGAAAGAGAGUGUUAAAGAUGACCUUGCUAGCAGACGUUUUGUAGGAGAUGGGCAUGCUUUGGUCUCUAGAGCUCCUUGCUCACAGUGUCCGUUUCCAGUUUUUACCUUACAUCACUGUCUAUAGUUACGAGGAUUGGAAGAAGAAAUAUAAAAUUGAUGAUCAGGAUUCUGAAGAUGAUGAAAAACAGGCUGGUGUGACCCACAGAAAGGGAAGAGGUAAACAAGGAAACUGCUUGAUUUUGUUCACAUAUUUCAGAAUAUUGUUACUACAUUCACAUUGCAUUUUAACUUGGGGAGAAUAUAUUUUUAAAAAGAUAUUCUUACCUAUAAAGAAGGGCACAGUUUGGCUAGUAAUUUGUAAAACACAUAGAAAAAAAAUUUCCUACGAUGCAAAAGUUUCCACCCUAAAAUACUUGCUUUUUGCCAAACAUCCAAUAAAUUCAAGGGAUUAGAUUAGUCUUGGAUGAAACAUAAGUGAUCAUUGUGUUAUUUGAGAUGUCUCAAAUUCUAAGAGACAGUACCCAGAUGACUUUCUAAAUAAAGAAAAAGAACUAUGAAAUAUGCAAAGGAAUAGCCUAACUGUGUUUAACCCCUUAAGGACAGAGGACGGUUUAGGACCGUCAUUGGCAUUUUUGCAUUGCCGACCGGUGACGGUCCUGAACCGUCCUAAUGGUCUUAUGUACUUACCCGAUCGCCGUCAUUCCCCCGGCGGUGAUCUGCGUUGCUCCCGUUGUGGGGAGACUGCCUGCAGCCCAGACAGUCUCCCCAUGGCGGAUUAGGACCCCUGUGGCCAUGUGAUCGCUCAACACAGCGAUCACAUGGUCACAAUAGGUGUCCAUGUGUCUGCCUGCAGGGGGACUGCCUAUGCUGACAGGCAGUCUCCCUGCUAGUGUAAAAUCAUGAAAAAAAAAAUAAAAGUUAAUGUUAAUUAAAAAAAAUUAUAUAUGUGUCUAUAAAUAUGAUAUAUAGACAUUUAUUAUAUCUAUAUAAUAUAUGUCUAUAUAUCAUAUAAUGUCAUACUAAUUGUUUUAUAUUAAUAUGUACAUAUAUUAAUAUAAAAAUACACUUAUAAUUAAAUUACACACGUGUGUGUGUGUGUGUGUGUGUGUGUAUAUAUAUAUAUAUAUAAAAUAACUAUAUAUAUUGUGUAUAUAUUAUUAUAAAAUACAAAUAAUAAGUAAUUUAAAUUAAAUGUAAAAAUAAAAUUUAAAAAAAUUAUCUGUGAAAUUUUAUUCUAACUGUAUUUUGAUAUUAAUAUAUAUAUUUAUAUCAAAAUACACUUAGAAUGAAAUUGUAUAUAUCUAUGUAUAUAUAAAUAAAUAAAAAUAAUACGAAAUAUACAUAUGUCCAUAUACAAAAUUAUAUAAAUAUACACGUAGACUUCAAAUAUAUAAAUAUGCUUAUAUAUUUAAAUUCUACAUGCGUAUUUAUGUAAUAUUUUUACAUAAUUAAGUAAUUUUAUUGAUUGCAAUUUGAGGGACCUGCCUGCCAACCCAGGCCGAAAUUCCAGAGAAUUUAAUUUGCUAGCACUGUAUUUUACCCUGUAACGUUCUACGACACCCUAAAACCUGUACAUGGGGGGUACUGUUUUACUCGGGAGACUUCGCUGAACACAAAUAUUAGUGAUUCAAAACAGUAAAACAUAUCACAGCGAUGAUAUUGUCAGUGAAAGUGACUUUUUUUGCAAUUUUCACACACAAACAGCACUUUUACUGAUGAUAUAAUUGUUGUGAUACGUUUUCCAGUUUUUAAACACUAAUAUUUGUGUUCAGCGAUGUCUCCCGAGUAAAACAGUACCCCCCAUGUACAGGUUUUAUAGCAUUUUUGAAAGUUACAAGGUCAAAUAUAUGGGUCAAAUAUUUUUACAUUGAAAAUGGCCAGGUUGGUUACGUUGCCUUUGAGAGCGUAUGGUAGCCCAGGAAUGAGAAUUACCCCCAUGAUGGCAUACCAUUUGCAAAAGAAGACAACCCAAGGUAUUGCAAAUGGGGUAUGUCCAGUCUUUUUUAGUAACCACUUGGUCACAAACACUGGCCAAAAUUAGCGUUCAAUUUAGUUUUUUUACUUUUUUCACACACAAACAAAUAUGAAUGCUUACUUUGGCCAGUGUUUUCGACUAAGUGGCUACUAAAAAAGACUGGACAUACCCCAUAUUGAAUACCCUGGGUUGUCUACUUUAAAAAAAAUAUGUACAUGUGGGGUGUUAUUCAGAGAUUUAUGACAGAUAAUAGUGUUACAAUGUCACUAUUGAUAAAUUUUAAAAAUGUAUGUUUUGAAACCGCAAUAUCCUACUUGUACUUAUAGCCCUAUAACAUGCAAAAAAAUAGCAAAAAACAAUGUAAACACUGGGUAUUUUUAAACUCAGGACAAAAUUUUUAAUCUAUCUAGCAUUUUUUUUCAUUCGCUUUUGUAGAUGAGUAAACGAUUUUUUUUAAUUAAAAGUCAAAAAACAUGUAUUUUUUAAAAAAAAAUUCAUCAUAUUUUUUCAUUUGUUUAAAAUUAAAGUACAUGAGAUUAUAUAAAUAAUGGUAUGUAAAGAAAGCCCCUUUUUGUCCUGAAAAAAAAAAAUAUAAUUUGUAUGGGAACAGUAAAUGAGAGAGCGGAAAAUUACAGCUAAACACAAACACCACAAAAGUGUAAAAAGAUGCCUGGUCGCAAAUGUACAACAUCGCAAAAACAGUCCAGUCCUUAAGGGGUUAAACAUAGACCGAAAAAUUGACCUAGUGACCGAGUUUAAUACUGCAACUAAGGAAUAUUGCGCACUGGCAUUUGUUAAAAAGAAAACAAACAAACAACCUCUGUACAAGGAGUUGAAUAAUAUAAAUAUUCCCUCAUUGAUAUCUUUUAAAGGAGUUUAAAAAAAAAAAAAAAAUCACAGCAAUUGGGGAGCACUUUGGUACUAGAAGAAUUAAAAUUAAAUUUAUUUUUUAAAUGGUGAAGCCAAUAGUGGCAUUUUCAUGUUUAAAGGAAAACACUAAACAUAUGAAACACUUUAGCUUGCUUUUUCCUGAGAGCUCUAGUUGUCGUAAAAAAGGAUGUAUUGGAGUCACGUUGAUAAUUAGUGGAGCCUAAAGCAAAGUUCUGUUUCAAUUACCAGUCAAAUUUACCCAUAAUCCAUAAGUAAAAAUCAUCCCACAAAAGACCAAACAUCAGAAAUGAUGGGCAGAUUAAAGCAAAAUGGCUGGACCCAGGUAUUUCGAUCCAGUACAAUGCAGAAAAGAUACUAAAUAUAAAUGGUCAAAUGACAAGGGAGUGGUACACUUGGUAAGAUUCAAGAAGCUUAAAUAAAGAAAAAAAAAAAGUAAUAGAUCCACUUUAAAUUGUAGAAAUUGUGAUUCUAUAAUUAGAAGAUCUGGUUUUAUACACCUUCACAUCACCCAUGUGGCUGGAUUUAUAGGUGUGGAACUGCACAAAACAAGGGAAAGGACCAGUCAACAUAACUCAAUUUUGUUAUGUUGGAUUUAUCAGUCCCAACAAGUUUUGCAUAGGCGUGGUAUCCUACAAGUCAACUCAGAUUUUAAAGGACUACUCUAGGCACCCAGACCACUUCAGCUUAAUCCCUUAAUCCCUCUAGGAUUAACCCUUUUUUUUUUUAUAAACAUAGUUUCAGAGAAACUGCUAUGUUUAUAAUAGGGUUAAUCCAGCCUCUAAAGCCUCUAGUGGCUGUCUCAUUGACAGCCGCUAGAGGCGUUUGCGUGCUUCUCACUGUGAAAAUCACAGUGAGAAGACGCCAGCGUCCAUAGGAAAGCAUUAUGAAUGCUACUGCCGCGCAUGUGCUUUCAGCCGGAGAGGAGGAGGAGAGCUCCACGCCCGGCGCUGGAAAAAAGGUAAGAUUUAACCCUUUCCUCGCCAUCCAUCCUGGCACUAUAGUGGUCCUUUAAGUGAAUAAUUCUGUAACAACAUGUAGGAGAAGAAACGUAAAGGCUAAUGACUCAAAAGGGUUUUAUUUACCCUUUAACCAGUGCCAAAACGCAUUCAUUAUGGCUUCAUGGAGGCUGUUUCUUUUUGUCUUCUCGUCUAAUCCAGUGCUUCUUAUAGAGAAGUAUCGAGGAUGAGAAGCACAUGCUCGGCAAGCACUGUGUUUAUCCAGUCAAAUGCUUCUCAUAGAGAAACAGUAAUUUGUUUUGGAGACCUACAGUUGACUAAAAAUAUAGGCAUAAUGUCAAAUGGGCUUAUUUUUUCAUGACUGGAGAAUAUGGGUUCCUGUGCUUUUUAAGUAAUUAUUUUUUGCAUUUAUGUUGUACACUGGAGAUGGAAACUUGGAAGCAUUGUGGGUGUUAAAUCAGAGUUUGAGAGGUGUUAGAAGAAAACAUCACUCUGUCCUGUUAAGAUGCAAAAAGACUGGUGAUACCUUGUGUUUCCUCUUUAGUAAACAAGAAAUUCAUUAUCAGGGAUCACUGUAUAUAGACCAGGGUUUUCGCUUCAAAGCAAAGGUGCUAAAUUCAGUCCUAUCUGAGCCACAUUCCUCAUUGCUUGGAUUCUCUAAAUUAGCAUAUUAAACCUUGUUAAAAUUGUUUUUCAUAUUCUAAAAUCCUUAGUGUAUUUUGUGGUCUUCAAGGCAACAGUGUUCUGCAUCUUGUGGUAAAGAUUUGGCUUUCGAAAUUUUAAAUUUAUCGCAUCAUUGGGUCAGAAGAGCUGUAGUAGAAUUGUUAAAACUAGAUUUUACAUUCUUGGUAGCAAAUAAAAUAUGACAAAGAACAAUAAUAGUUUUAAAACAUUUUGUCUUACAUUGUCAACACUCUUUUUCAAGGUGGACACAGUAAAUCUCGAGGAGGACCUCGUAAUGAAACCCCUGGACCUCAUGGAAAGCCUCGUUCUGAGUUGCGCAGCAAACAACAAAUUCUUAAACAGAGAAAGAUCCAGGAAAAGCAGCGGUUCCUGCAGAAGGGUGGGAUGAAGCAACUCAAGAAGAGAACAAAGCAGGGUGUUCAUGAUAUGAAGAGAACUGCAUUUGGCAGGGGAAAGAGCAGCGGGUUUAAGAAAGGAAAGAUGAGGAAAAAGAUGUAAUGGUGUAGAAUGUGCAAAUGAAAUCACAUUGUUGGCAAAACCCAGCAUGCAUCCCAUUUUUGAAUGGGUAAUUUAACAGUAUUGGGAGAGGCACCUCAACCAUAUUUUAUUUUACGUUAAUGAACACCCUAUCUAAAUGGUGUAUCACAGCCAUGCCCUUCAGUAUAAAAAGCAAAGCUGAAGCUUACAGAAGGCUGUUAGUGUGAUUUAACCCUUUACUGACCAGAUGGACCUGUUUAUUUUUGUGAAAUUGGUAUCAACCCUGUAAGACAUUACGAACAACACAGGCAAACGCGUCAGCUAUGUAUCACCAGUGGCAUCCUUGGAUACAUAAAAUGCAUACAUGAAGAUCUUUAACCCCCAAGGCCGUGGACUCUAGAUAAUGUAUAUUAAUGUUAUUAAAUACAAUGUUCGCUAUCUUGUUUUUCUUUGUUUAUUAUCUAAUGAAUCAAAAAUAUUUGUAAAACAA